GCGUAGUGGGGGUUCAUCCUACUUUGUAGUUUCAUUUUCAUCUUUAAUAUAGUAUUCAAAUGGCUGGCGACACGACAGAAAAGACUGACAAGGUCGACCACGAGCCCCCUCGCUCUACGAGCGUCGUUGAGAAGGGAGAAAUUGUCGAAAUUGAUGCUGAUGAGGCUCUCAACGCCGUUGCCGGCCUGGAUGCCGCCACUCUACAGCUUGACGAGGAGGCAGAGCGACGUUUGUUGCGCAAAAUCGAUAUGAAUCUUAUGCCCCUAAUGUGCAUUAUUUACGGCCUCAAUUACCUUGAUAAAACGACGUUAUCAUACGCUAGUAUCAUGGGCUUGAAAACUGAUCUCAAACUUGUUGGCGACAACUACCAGUGGCUAUCAAGCUUAUUCUAUUUCGGAUAUCUUGGCUGGGAGUUUCCCACAAAUCGACUCUUACAACGUCUGCCCCUCGCGAAAUAUUCCGCAUUCAACAUCAUCAUGUGGGGACUCGUACUUGCUUUAUUUGCCACCACUGAGAACUUCGGAGGAGCUGUAGUUAUUCGCCUCUUUCUGGGAGUCUUUGAGGCGGCUGUUACUCCUGGAUUCACCUUAUUUGUAUCACAGUGGUAUACGAAAAAGGAGCAAGGGUUUAGAACCAGCAUCUGGUUCAGUUUCAAUGGCUUUGCUCAAAUUUUUGGCGGCUUGGUAGCAUAUGGCUUCGCUCGCGGUGCAUCUAUCCACGGAUUUUCGAUUGCGCCUUGGAAAGCAAUUUUCAUUUUUACUGGGGUAUUAACAAGCACUAUGGGAAUAAUAUUUCUUUUUGUCAUGCCUGACAAUCAGCUGAACGCGAGAUUCCUCACGAAAGAAGAGCGUGUGUUAGCUGUGCACCGAAUCAAAGUCAACGAACAGGGUAUCGGAAACAAGCACUUUAAAUGGUACCAGGUGAAGGAAGCUUUAACAGAUCCUAUCGUCUGGGGCUUUGUUUUGUAUGCGCUGCUUUCUGAUAUUCCCAAUGGCGGAAUCUCAAACUUCUUCAGUCAACUCAUUGUCUCAUUUGGCUAUACUCCCGAACAGAGCUUACUCUAUGGAACUCCCGGUGGAGCAGUCGAAGUCGUCACCUUGCUUCUUUGCGGAUUUCUAGGAGACAGACUUGGGAGCCGGCUUUUAGUAUCUAUGGUCGCCCUCAUACUGUCCAUGGUCGGCAUGAUCAUGAUUGUUGCUAUUCCUUUAGAUAAACCUGCUGGCAGACUAGCUGGUUACUAUCUCACACAAGCAGACGCUGCUCCCUUCGUUGCAAUUUUAUCCUUGAUUUCUACAAACGUCGCUGGAUGGACCAAGAAGACAACGGUAGCAGCAAUGUAUUUGGUAGCCUACUGCGUUGGGAAUAUUAUUGGACCCCAGACUUUUCGACCGAAAGAUGCUCCCGAGUACCGACCAGGGGAAAUUACCAUCUUGGUUUGUUGGGCACUAUGUCUCGUAGACCUUGUCUUUAUCUGGUCAUAUUACCGCCGACAAAAUGCCAAGAAGCGCCUCGUUCGGGCAGAUCCGUCCUACACCAAAAUUGAGAAUCAAGAAUUUCUGGAUUUGACGGAUAGGGAGAAUGCAGAAUUUAGCUAUUCAUUAUAGAGGCAUUGUAUCUGAGCUUGGCAAGUGCAGUUUACCAACUGCGCCGAGUUACGCGAUAAUGAGGAGGGCCUACAUGAACAGUUUAAACGCUUAGAGUUAUUUAACAUGACCAAUUAAAUUCUGCUUUGAGAGCCCGCUGACAG